AACCAUAUUUUUGAGCUUGAUUACGGAAGAAAUGGAGAAUAUGCAUUUAGUGGUGAACUUGAAAAAAUGAGAUUGAAAAUCUCUUAUAAACUUCCUUUGAGUAUUAAGUUUGAUCCGGAUGAGUAUUUUAAUUAAUUAGUUAAUUGUUAAUUAUUUAAAAUGAAUAGAGAGAGACAAGAAAAGGUUUAAUUUAGAGAGGGGAAAAGCAUUGUCUUGUCGUGCCUAUGUGCAGAAGCUCAAAGCAUUGAACUCAUUCUCCUUGGGCAGCAUCAAUGGCGGCAGAAUCAUCUCGCAGAAACCCCAAACGUCCAUUUGUGGAAGAAGAUGAUGAAUUAAGCAAAAAACCACCUUCCAGCAGCACGCCCAUGAGAAGCUUGAGAGCUGCAACGUUGGAAGCAUUCAUGUCCAGUUGCAUCAAACAGCAGCAACGACAACACACACCGUCUUCAAGUCCAGCCGAAUUGGAUGCACAUGUUGAGAUGGGAGAGAAGUGGAAAGCUGACACAGACCUUGUUUAUUCCAGCAUGGGCAGCGAUGGUGUGCAGAACAUGCAAAAGUGUAAACAAAAUGGAGGGCCCCACAUGGCUUUAUCUGACAGAGAAGCAAAAGAGUGAUGGAAGAAAUUCAUUAAAGGUUGCUAAAGGGAGACAACAGCAUGGCAACCUGGCUAGAAACGCACGAGGCAGCACCAGAACGAGACUUGAGAAUUUGGCUUUAAAAGAGUGAGAGGUCGUGAGUGAGAGGGUUACGCUUGGGAGGAGGAGGCUCUCGGUUCUUCUCCUCCAAGUUCAGUAGAUUAGUUUUGAACUCCAGAUAAUGCAAUGUAGUGAGAUUGUUGUAUGAGAGUAGAGGUGCCGUGAGGUACUGUGAGGUGCAUAGGGAGUUCCAGCCGAGGAGAAGUCACGGCAGUAGGAGCUGUUGGUGAUUGGCACAGUAGACGUUUACCAAUUUGAGGUGUACGGUUCAAAUUUAAUUUUCUGUAUUGUAAUGAAUUUUAAUUUGAAUGAACAA